GUGUGUGUGUGUGUGUGGCUGUUGCGCAAAGCCUCGAUAGCUCUCUGCUCCUCCUGGCUUCAGACAGACUCCACAGACCCGGGCCGUCUGACCUUGAACACUAAAGAGAAGACAAGCAAACAGACGCAGGAACGACUCGUCCUUCUGAAACAGUAUGGCCUGUGUGAGAUCGUCCUGGCUGCGAUGGGCAACGCUGCUUUCGGUCAUGUCCUGUGUGUUUGCUCACGAGAACAGCUGGGAGUGUUUGGACAAGGACGAGAUUAUUACUGAGAUGUCCAAGGACGCGGAGAUGCCGUCUGACUGUGUGCUGAGCUGCACGGUGCUCUCUUACCGACAGAUUGCAGACAGACAGCGGAGGCUCACGGUCCGCUUCCGAGACUCUCAGCCCGGUGAUUCUGGGGACUUCUGCUGGCUUAUUCACUCGAGAUGCAGCGCAUGGGAUGAAGUUUUUGUUUUACUGUCAGUCAAUGAAUCAGUUCCGAACGGAGAGUCGAUUCAAAUUCACACCAACUCUCCGACUCACCUUAUCUCCGUUCAGCUCCACGACUCUCCAUCUAUCAUCCCCGACAACUGCGGCCUUCGCUUCGCCGUCACACCGCACCUGACACACCUGAGACACCUGAAACACCUGAGACACCUGCCGCUCUGUGUCCGGCUCACAGGCAUCAUGGGAAACCGCCUACAGUGCCCCCCGUUUCUGGUCAUCAUUACGAAUAAAACGAGUCUGAGCGACUCCUGAGUGAUUCUAUAAACAUUAUAAGGCACAACGGUAAAGAUUUAGACAGAUAAGAGUCUAGUGGUGUGCAGUUAAAAACGACAAUCAAAUUCAGUUAAACAAACGAUUUUAUUUAGCCAUUGUUUAUUUUAUUUAAAGCUGCCUGUAAGCAUUCACUAUAAAAUCCAUUUGUAUUUUUACAUGUAUUACUGUUUAUUAUCGCUGCGCUAACGUGAUAAAGUGAUUGCUGGCGUGCGCGCUCCUUAACACGCCCAUAAAAGGAGCGUUGAGCCGGAACCAUGUAACACUGCGCGGGGGUGUGCGCUUCACUUCAUGGCAUAAUUGUGCGAAUUAAUGUUUAACUAUUAAAACUCCUUAUGAGUCAUUAUUAAAAGGAGUCUGUCGUUCAAUGUAGAGUUGAAUCGUGUGUGUUUGAUCUGAAGCACCUUGCAUCGGGUGUCCUGCGCUCAGGAGUGGACGCGUCCGCGGAGCUCAGUUCUGCUCGCGAGCUCGCUUCGGUCGAACCGACUUCUGGAAAUCAGCGUUGAUUUCUAGAUCCGAAGAAAUGUGAUAAAUCGGCGAAUCGUGUCGUCAUGAGCGACCGACAACCGGCGCCUCACGGCGGACAGUACAAACCGAGAACGAGCAGACACACACCUGAGACACGCAGAACACACCCUUCAGAACACACCAGCCUCUUUGUGCUCAUCAUGAACACACACACAGAGCAGCGUGCAGAUGGAGGAUCGCAACGUGCUGCGGCGGAUGGAGAGAGAGAGAAGGAGUCAGGAGGUGCAGCCGGAGGAGACGCAGUAUGACCGAAUCACUCCUCUCUUCAACAAGCCAUAUAAGAGAAUCAAAGAUGACGAGCUGUCGAGUCGCAUCCAGAAGAUGCUGGGUAAUUAUGAGGAUGGAUGUGAUGGACCUGAGGACCCCGCUCUUCCUCACGAGCGUUCCUCUCAGUCGGGACCCACAGAUGGCCCCAGAGCCAUCCCCGGCCCUGCUCUGGGAGAGAGCUGGGUUAGUUUCCCGGCCCUGUCUCCUCCUGUGGAGCCGCUGUCCCCUCUGAUGUCCAGCGACUCAGACACCGGCCCGUCUCCGGAGCGCCGCAGGCCGGACGCACCUUCGCUCAGUCUGCACAGUACACUGCCCAACGCCAAGAAACCCACGGCAUACGUGAGGCCAUGGGAAGGCUCUCCUGAGUUGACCAGCAGCUCUCCUGAUCUCAAGACCUCACUGGAGUCUUAUGAGGACCUGCAGGACCUGAAGGAGAGCAGCAAACCAAACCUUGCCCCUCUGCAGGCUGCUGGUAUCGUUUCUAGAGCGAGUGUGGAGGACAUCCUGCAGGAAAUGACCUCAUGGCCUCCACUGCUGACCACUAUAUGCUCACCAAGCACAGCAGAGCCACCCAAGGUCCUCUCCACUAACGAGGAGACGCAUGGAUUACCGGCUCUUGGUAAAUAUGAGAAAGUUCAUAAAUCAUCAGACAAAGUUCAGCUGGUAUCUCAAGGUGGUUCCAGCAACACCAGUGACUCUGACACCAGUUCAGACACUGACAGUGAAAAAAGCAGUGGCCCAGAUGAACCAGCAGCUUCCGAGACAAUACAGACACAUGUACACACACACACAGAAACACCUAAACAGUUGAAGAAAGAGAGUGACUGGCAGCUAGGACGGUGGUUAGAAAGGAAGGAAAACCAGCACCAACAGAACCCUAGGAGCCCAUGUGAUGUCAUCAGGCCCAACUCCCAUGAUUCCUCUGAAAGGACUGAGGCUCCGGGGGCACAGACUUGCCAUAGUGUCCCUGCAGACGACGGCAAAGCGUCUGAUCACCGACAGACUGUGGAGAGCACGUGUGAGGAAAACACAUCCACACACAGACCCACACAACAGAGAAAGAAAAGAGCACUUCACACAGAGCAGAAGAGAACGACAGCAGACAGCAAACAUCCUCCACUGCUGGUGAAGAUCGGGUUGAACCUGCUCUCCAGGAUCCCACAGGAACCCAAAGACACUCAGCCUCAAGCAGAAAACAGCAAAGCAUCGAGACGCAAGAGAGCGAUGGAGACGGAUGAAAAGCCUUCAAAGAAGAAACAGAAGCUGGACAAAGAGAAAAACGAUCGUCUUCCUCUAAGCAGAGCCUCAAAUUAGAAGCCGUCGAGAACAGCGACAAGAUGAUGAAAAAGAAGAAGAGUGUGAAACACAGCUCAGGUCUUCAUCAGGACAGAGACUCCACCGCGGCUCCUAACGGCCAGCGGAAGAAAGCAGAGACUCGUGGGAAG